GUAUGCUAACGACCGAACAUGAACGACACACAAAAGAAAUACUCCUAUAUAUCAAGAAGACCUCCAGUUUCUAUCACCACAGCGAAGACGACGUACGCCAUUUGCUGACCACCACAUCGAUCUGGUUCUUCAUCUUGAGCUCGGAGUUUGAUCACCCAAACCAAACAUGAACUACUGGAAGUCUAAGGUUUUGCCCAAGAUCAAGAAGGCUUUUGAGAAGAACAACCCCAAGAAGGCUGCUGCUGCUGAGGCUUGCAAGGCCUUUGAUGAAUCUAAGGAUCAGUUUGGGAAAGAGUUCGAGGACAAAAAGUCUGAACUGCAGCCUAAAGUUGUUGAAAUCUAUGAAGCUUCAUCGGCUCAGACAAAGAAAUUGAUAAAAGAACAGAAGGGCGUAGGGCUGAAGAAGAACUCCGCGGCAGUUCAGAAGUUUUUGGAUGAGCUUGUCAAGAUCGACUUUCCCGGAUCAAAGCUGGUGAGUGAAGCCAGUUCGAAGUUAGGCCCUGCUUACGUGGCCGGUCCGGUUACGUUUCUAGUCGAGAAAUUUUCUUUGCUGAUCCCGGAGGAGAAGAAAGAAGAGGAGGCGCCGGUGGGGGAGGGGAAAGAGGAGAUAGUGGUCAGGGAAGAAUCAAAAGCUGAAGUCCCUCCACCUGUGGUUGAGGCAGCUCCGGCAGCAGAAACUCCGGCUGAACCAGCCGCCGCAGCUGAACCGCCAAAGGAGGAGGAGAAACCGGCCACAGCCGUUGAUCCAACAAAAGCUUGAUCUCCGAAGAAAUUAUUGCAUGUAGUAUUCACACACUUCGCUCUUGUCAAAGAUACUUUUGUGGUAAUUAAACAAAUAGAAUUUCAAUUUGUGCUGUGAGAAGGAUUAAAAGAAGAUCUGUUUUAAUGUCAAUUAUUCAUUACAUUGAUUCGUGGUUAUUAUAUCUGUAUAAAUUUUAUAUCAAUGCUUUGUUUCUUCUUACGUUGUGUACUCUAUUGUAAGAACAUCAGCUAGUUUGUUUACAUUGUAUUUUUCAUGCAUAUGAUGUGUAUAUAUAUAAUGGUUUCACUGUUUCAGACUUAUACUUGUUGUAGGGAGAAUGUUUGAUGUUGUUUCAUUAAUAAAGGUCCUAUAAAUAGGGAGCUGUUAAGGUUUUAAGAAAUGUGUAAAA